UCACUUCUCUGACUCUUUUUACACACACUCUCUCUCUCUUUUUAUACAGGACAAAAAAAUCUGAUUUCAAACACCUCAACAAAAACCUUCUCAGUUCACACACGCACACUCACGUCACAUAACGCACACCGUUUUCAUUUUCAUCUUCGCUUUCCACUGCGAUCAAGUCAUUCUCUCUUUCUCUCUCUAUUUUCUGGAGAGAGAAUUUCGCUAUGAAACCCAAAGCCGGAGGAAAUGGCCUUGCCAGUGAGGCCAGCGGCGGUGGAGGUGGAAGCAGCAGCUCUCCUAGCCCGCCGCCGUCGCCGAGGCGGCAAUCCGGUGUUACGCGGUGCCGGAGGAGGCUGAGACCGGCGAAGGAAUCGUCGGAGAGUCGGCGGCUGGUCGCUGUCAUAAUGGCGCGGCGGAGCCUCCGGUACUUUUUCCUGCUGCCGUUGGUGUACAUCUCCGGGUUGUUGAUGUGUGUGGGGCCCUUCUCCGUCCUCAUUGGCCACUCACCUCUUCCUGGUUCUCGGUACCGCAGUCACGAGAUCUUCCACAACCUCUGGCACCAUAUCGAAACCGAUAAUUCCUCUGUCAUCGAGUUGGCUUCUGUGUGGAAGUACAAAAGGAAGUUGAGAGAGCAAAAGCCUUGUCCGAAUUUGACAGCUUUGCAUCGCGAACAUUUUAUGUCGCCUGGACUGAAUGGUUUUUUGAUUGUGGAAGCCAACGGGGGUCUUAACCAACAACGCUCUGCGAUUUGUAAUGCUGUGGCUGUGGCUGGACUCCUGAAUGCAAUAUUAGUUAUACCUCAAUUUGAGUUUCACAAUGUGUGGAAAGAUCCAAGUGAAUUCGGGGAUAUAUAUGAUGAAGAUCUUUUUAUAUCCACACUUGAUGGUUAUGUGAAGGUGGUCAGAGAACUGCCCGAGGCACUAAUGGAGCGGCACAAUUACAAUAUGAGUAAUAUCACUAACAUCAAAGUUCAAGCUUGGUCUCCUGUCAGUUAUUACCUUGGAGUUGUUUCUCCUAUCUUGCAAAAGGAAGGGGUAAUUCGAAUAGCUCCAUUUGCCAAUCGUUUGGCGAUGAGUGUUCCGCCACACAUUCAAUUUCUAAGAUGUCUUACUAAUUAUAAAGCAUUGAGGUUUUCUUCUUCAAUAUCUGCACUAGCAAACAAAUUAGUUUACCGAAUGAUUCAGAAGAGCUCAAGGACAGAUGGAAAAUACAUUGCCGUGCAUCUUCGUUUUGAAGAGGAUAUGGUGGCAUUCUCUUGUUGUGUAUAUGAUGGAGGAGAGGCAGAAAAGUUGGAAAUGGAUUCAGUUCGAGAAAAAGGGUGGAGGGGUAAAUUUAAAAGAAAGGACCGGAUAAUUUUUCCUGAUCUUAAUCGGGUUGAAGGAAAAUGCCCACUAACCCCACUAGAGGUUGGUAUGAUGCUGCGUGGCAUGGGAUUUGAUAACAAUACUGCAAUAUAUUUAGCUUCUGGGAAAAUAUAUCGUGCAGAGAGAUAUUUGGCUCCUUUGAUGAAGAUGUUUCCCUAUCUGUAUACAAAGGAAUCUCUUGCAACAUCAGAUGAGCUUGCUCCUUUUAUGGGCUAUUCCUCCCAAUUAGCUGCACUGGACUACACAGUAUGCUUGUCUAGUGAGGUUUUUGUAACAACUCAGGGUGGUAACUUCCCUCAUUUUUUGAUGGGCCAUAGAAGAUUCCUCUAUGAUGGCCAUGCUAAGACGAUUAUCCCAGAUAAGCGCAAGCUUGUUGUUCUUUUGGAUAACUUGAGUAUUAGUUGGAGAGCUUUCAAGGAUCAGAUGGAAGACAUGCUCAGUGAAAGUGACCGCAAAGGAAUCAUGGUACCUAGAGUUAGAAAAAUAAACCGAAAAACUUCUGUCUACACGUACCCCUUACCAGAAUGCAGGUGCCUACAGCAGUCUCUUGCCAAUCAAAUUGCCCACAAUCUUGACGCUCUGUAUAAUUACAACAGAACAAAAGCUUAAAUGGAAGACAUGUAUCAUUUGUUCCGUCAUCUCUGCGUGGCAGUCAGAUUCAAAUCAUUACCUUUCCAAGGCAUUGGUGCUUCAACUUCCAAUUCUGCAGCCUUUUGAAGACAAGGUGUGGCUAUUCCUGUUUAUAACAGCAGCGAUUUCUAAUUUAUAAUUGGCUUCUGCAACCCUGAAGAUUUUGUCUGCAUGUUACUUAUUUUACACACGGGACAGUUCAGAGCUCCAAUUUAAAGGUCGGAAAACACUGUACCAACGUGUUCUACUAAUAGAUAUACCAUAACUCUCCCCUAAUCAAUGUCUUUUGUGCUGACAUCUUCAUUUUUUGUUUCUUGUGUAAAAUUGUUAGGCUUGAAGAAAGAUUGUAAUUUGUCGAGUAAGUGAGCAUAUUUUUAUAUUGUUCCAUAGUUAGAGGGAGAGAUCCUUGUAGUCCCGUUGACAAGUGGCUUUGUUUUCCUCCCAUCCACAUUUUCCAAAUGUAAUUUAUUGUCUUAAUAUUCUUUUCGUUUGUAUCAUUUAAUAUAAUCUGAGCUCUAUUCAUCCUUGGAAUAACAAGUAUAUGAAGAUGACAUGAAA